AUGGCGACGCAGCCGGAAACUGUGGCCAAGGGCCUUCCGGCGCAAUCGCCAACCGACAUUGAGAAACAGCAGGUCCUUCACCAGGAGCAUUCUCAUGUGCUGGACGACGAGAAGAGGCCUGCUGUGGCGGUCGAUUACUCUGGAGCUGCGGCCAAGACUGACCCUACGGAGAUCAAGCUCGUGAGGAAGUUGGAUCUCUGGGUGAUGCCAACUCUUUGGUUGAUGUACUGGCUCAACUACCUCGACCGCAACGCAAUUGCCCUAGCCCGACUCAACGGCCUCGAAAAGCAACUUGGCCUCAGCAGCGUCGAAUACUCCACCAGCGUCUCCAUCCUCUUCGUCGGCUACAUUCUUGGCCAGAUCCCCAGCAACAUGAUCCUAACCCGCGUGCGGCCCUCCUGGUACAUGGGUGGCUUCAUGAUGGCCUGGGCCGUGGUUUCCGCCCUCACGGCCGUGGUGAAGGAUUACAAAGGGCUAGUGCUCACGCGCUUCUUUCUAGGUGUCGUCGAGGCGCCGUAUUACCCCGGCGCUCUGUACAUCCUGUCCAUCUUCUAUACCAGGAAGGAGCUCGCGACGAGGAUUAGUGUGUUGUAUUCCGGGAAUAUUCUGGCGACUGCAUUUGCGGGGUUGAUUGCUGCGGGUGUGUUCCACGGGAUGGAAGGGUUGCAUGGUCUGGAGGGGUGGCGGUGGUUAUUCAUUUUGCAGGGCGCGGUGACGUUUGUGAUUGCUAUGAUGGCUUGUUAUACGCUUCCCGAUGAGCCUCUUACGACGAGGUGGCUGACGCCUGAGGAACGACAGCUUGCGCAUGAUAGGAUUGAGAGGGAUACUCAUUGCCAUCUUGCGACGAAUGGGUUCAAGAACUUCUUUCCCACGAUUGUGCAAACGCUAAAUUUCAACACGACGAUUACGUUGGUCCUGACGUGUCCGCCAUACCUCAUCGCUGGCAUCCUAUCCAUCGUCUGGGCGUGGAGCUCCGGACGUUUCAACGAGCGGACGUGGCACAUCACCAUUUCUAAAGCCGUUGCUGCUUUCGGGUUCAUCUUGGCUUGCGUGACGAUGAACACUGGUGCUCGGUACUUCGCCAUGACGGUGUUUACUAUUGGCACGUAUGGUGUAAACUCGAUCUUGCUCGGCUGGGUUGGAAGUACGUGCGGACAGACGAGAGAGAAGAAGGCCUCGGCACUGGCGAUUGUGAAUACCAGCGCUAGUAUCAGCUUUAUCUGGACACCUUACUUGUGGCCCACGUCAGAUGCCCCAAGAUAUGUGAUCCCUAUGGCCAGCAGUGCGGCGUUUUGUGUGGCCUGCGCCGCUGGUGCAUGGCUGAUGAAGUGGAUGCUUGUGAGAGAGAACAGGAGGAUUCGGGCAAGCAAUUCUGAAGCCACGCUAUUUUAUGCCCAUUAA